AUCCUGGAAGAGCCCAAGCUGGUCCAGCAGGGGAAGGAGCCGCGAUUUCCCAGUGCGGAGCUUUCUCCAGGGUUUCCUCGCGGGGAGGUCAAAUGCUUUCAUCAGGCCUGAGGAAGAGUGGAGUCAGGACCUGCUAAGUGUGUUGAUCUGCUUGUGCUCUGGACCAUGGACUCAUUGAGAGUUUCCCUAGUGUGAAAAAUGUCCAGCAGUAACCGGGAAUUAGUGAUUGACUUUGUUUCCUACAAGCUCUCGCAGAAGGGGUACAGCUGGAGUCAGCUGCAGGAGGAGGAUGAGAACAGGACUGACUUUGCGGUAGACCCCGAGGUGGACGGCGUCCUCAACGGGAGCCCGUCCUGGCACCCCCCGGGCAGCCACAUAGUAAACGGAGCCGCUGUGCACAGGAGCAGCCCCGAAGUCCGCGAGAUCGUCCACGCCGCCGACGUGAGGCAGGCGCUGAAAGAGGCGGGGGACGAGUUUGAGCUGAGGUACCGGCGAGCGUUCAGCGACCUCACCUCGCAGCUCCACAUCACCCCCGGCACGGCCUACCAGAGCUUCGAGCAGGUGGUGAACGAACUGUUCCGCGACGGCGUCAACUGGGGCCGCAUCGUGGCUUUCUUCUCCUUCGGCGGGGCGCUGUGCGUGGAGAGCGUUGACAAGGAGAUGCGGGUAUUGGUGGGACGCAUUGUAGCUUGGAUGACCACGUACUUGACCGACCAUCUAGAUCCCUGGAUCCAAGAGAACGGCGGAUGGGAGCGGUUCGUGGACCUCUACGGGAAUGAUGCUGCUGCCGAGAUGAGGAAGGGCCAGGAGAGCUUCAACAAAUGGCUCCUGACCGGGGCCACCGUGGCCGGGGUGCUUCUGCUGGGCUCCCUGCUGAGCCGCAAGUGAGCGCGGCCGGUGCCCGUGUCCCCGCGGGCACCCGUGUCCCCGCGGGCACCCGUGUCCCCGUGGGCACCCGUGUCCCCGCGGCCGUGCCCUCCUCCCGGCC